AUGCAGGCUGACCUUGGCCAUCCCAAACCACGGAAAUUCGAAUGCUCGUCAGGUCGAUGCGCGGCCACCAGUACCUCCAAUGGUUGCAUAAUUAACCUUAAUUCAGACUCCGACGAAGAAUGGUUGACGUACGAAAAACUGACGGAGAUAGUUUUCCUUCGUUCCAAGGCGAAAUCAACCGAUCAUCGACCCGCGUUCUCACGUAACAAUCCUAAAAGAUCGCAAGCUAAAUCCGCGAACGUUAUACGACAUCAAUCGGUGAAAUUAACGAAGAACAAGAGCAUUGUUCUGAAAAAUGCGACUCAACCGGUUGUUUUCGAUAAACGGGCCGAUGGAGAUAAGGCUACCGAGAAUGUUUCGCCACUGCCGUUGAGGGCAAGCCUUUUCCCUCGUGUCUCGCCCUACGUUCUUUUCCAAAGUCACGAUCAUAUACCUAAAAAACUGCCGAAAGAUUUUGCUCGACUUCUUAAAUGGAAAUUUACCACAUCUAUGCCUAGGGUUUUAAUCAAAAUCUUAAUCAGUUCUGGAUACCAAGUGGUAAAUAAAGGGACUGACUGGUCCGGUGUUUGGAGCUUAUCCAGUAAAGACACGGCGAGAUAUCAACGUAUGAAAAGCUUUCAAAAGAUGAACAACAUACCAGGAUCUGAAAAUAUAGGCAACAAGGACCUGUUAUGGACGCACUUGAAUAGAAUGUCACAAAAGUUCGGCCCUCAGGAAUAUAACUUUAUGCCAAGAACGUACGUACUGCCGAAGGAGAUACAGAAAUUCGAAAGCAUGUGGAGCAGACACGGUAUGGGUACCACGUGGAUAAUUAAACCGCCGUCAGCGGGUCGUGGCCAGGGUAUCAAGAUUGUUAAUCAAUGGUGGGAGAUACCAAAGUGGCAUUCGGUAAUCAUUCAACGAUACAUCACCAGACCGAAACUCAUUAACGGCUUGAAAUUCGAUCUGCGAAUUUACGUUCUCCUAACAAGCAUUAACCCGAUGAGAAUUUAUGUCUACAAAGAGGGCUUGGUUCGUUUCGCCUCGGUCAGAUACGUUCGUGGAGCGAAUCUAAACGACAAAUACAUGCACCUGACCAACAGCAGCGUGAACAAACAAAAUCCAGCGUACGUAGUAAGCGAUGGAGUGAAUUCGUUCAAAGGACACAAAUGGUCCUUGGCGAGUUUAUGGUCGUAUCUGAAGCAGGAAAGGGUGGACGUCGCUGACCUAUGGUCUCGGAUCAAGGAUAUCAUCGUUAAGACUUUCAUAUCCGUGGAAUCGAGCAUGAACGCGACUAUUUUACAGAGUCUGGUCUCCAGUUACACCUGUUACGAAUUGUACGGGUUCGACGUACUUCUCGACGAGGGUUUAAGACCGUGGUUGCUCGAAGUGAACAUUCUACCGUCGCUGCAGACAGACUCGCCACUCGAUAUCGCUAUUAAGGGCCCUCUGGUGAAAGACGUGUUAAACGUGGCUGGCUACCAAAUCCCCAAGAACGAGCAAAUUUCGAGCAACGGUGUUUGCAAUAAAAAGUACGACUCGAUCGCCCAUAAUUACAGAUUGUACAGCACGGCCUUGAACCUUCCUGAGAAAAUGAAACAGAACGAAAUCAACGCGAUGCAGACUCGCGACGAAUACCUGGAUGGAAUCCUGCAGAAUUUGACGAGGGACGACCUGAGGCAGCUGAUCCGCUACGAAGACGAGCUCAGUCAAGCUGAUAACUUUGAGAAACUAUUCCCUACCAAGGAUUCUUAUUUGUAUUUCAAAUUCUUCGAGGUCGAAAGAUACUACGAUCGAUUACUGGACGCCUGGGAAUAUCGUUACUCCGAUAACAGAAAGGAAGGAAUUCGUAGACUGCAACGACAUUGCGAAACGAUGCAGCACUUAGAUCAAGCCACCGAUUGAACACAAACUUUGUCGUUCGUUCGUGCUUCGGUAUGGAAAUUAUCGUGUUAAUACGCCACUGAAAUCGCUUCAACACUAAUUAAAAUAAUUCACACGGAGCAAGGUCACUGGCGUGACGCGUUUACUUUCUGACGUAACGUACACGCCUGUUCCCAAGUAUAUUCGUAAGGGUAUUUUCUGGUUUCUUAUAAAAUCGUUUAAAUCACGAAGCGAAUGAUUAACCGAUCGUGAGUCUGAACUCGUUCGAGCUAACGCUGAAUAUAUGAAUUCUUUAUUUAUGUUAAUUUAUGUUAACAGAUAAUAAUAGUCAAAGGCAUCGAUAAUACCCUUGUUCAAUUUCCAAGUUCAAUCUCGCUUUCUACGAGCGUCCUUAAGAAAAUAUAAAAGCGAAGGAGAC